AUGUCGCCGCGUAGUCCGAACAAGGCAAAAGCCUCCCCGUCCGGCUCCCAGAAGAGCGAGUACCAAGCUAUCAAGCAACAGUGGGAAAAGGCCAAGCGCGCAACCGAGUCCAAAAACGAUGGAAUCUUGCCUAUACCGACAGGAAUUCCCGACGGUCCUCCCGGCGUCACGGAAAGACAAAGACUGGAGAAGCUAGAGAAACAGCAGUCUGAGAUUGACAGUUCACGGAAGCGCGCCUACGAGAGCAAGUGGAAAUGGACUUGCGGAUUCUGGGUCUGGGUUCUCGUCAUCCAUUCUAUCGCGAUAUACCUGUUCACAAGCGGCUUCUUGCUAACGCGUCUGGUUUUGGAGGAUAAGUCAACGUGCGACGCGCCGCCCAUCGCCAGCGUUGUGAAGGCGCCUGGCAAUCCAGACAAGGGCUGCUGGCAUCCCAAGACCUUUGACCGCGCGGUUGUGGUCAUCAUCGACGCCUUGCGAUACGACUUUACGGUGCCUCACCUCGAGGGUCAGCCUCGCCAUGCCUUCCACGACGCAAUGCCUUUCCUCUACGAAUCCGCGCGCGACUCACCACAUAACGCAUUCUUGCGACCCUUCAUCGCCGACCCGCCCACCGCCACCCUGCAACGUCUCAAGGGCCUUACGACCGGUACCCUACCUACAUUUGUGGAUCUGGGAAGCAACUUUGCGGGUACGGCUAUCGAGGAGGACAACCUCCUCAUGCAGCUGAGGGACGCGGGCAAGAAGAUUGCGCAGGUUGGCGACGAUACCUGGUGGUCCCUGUUCCCUGGGUAUUUUGAGCCAAACAUCAGCAAGGCGUACGACAGCUUCAACGUGUGGGACCUGCACACUGUUGACAAUGGCGUCAUUGACAACAUCUUUCCCCUCCUGGGCGCAAACAUUGGUAAAGGCUGGGAUCUGCUUAUUGGGCACUGCCUCGGUGUCGAUCAUGCUGGGCACCGCUACGGACCCGACCACGCGGCCAUGACGGGCAAAUUGCAGCAAAUGGACGAGUUUGUCAGGCAAUUGACCGAGGCCAUUGAUGACGAGACACUCCUGGUAGUUAUGGGUGACCACGGCAUGGAUGCAAAGGGCGACCACGGCGGCGAGAGCGAUGACGAGGUCGAGGCUGCGCUGUGGAUGUACUCCAAGAAGCCAGUCUUUGGACGCACCCAGAAGGACUUUGUCUCCCCGCCUCCUACGGCAAAGGUCAGGCCUGUCAACCAGAUCGACCUGGUGCCGACGCUGGCGUUACUCCUGGGCAUCCCUAUUCCCUACAACAAUCUGGGUAAGCCCAUCGAGGAGGCCUUUGCCGGCCUCAAAGGCAACGAUUGGCAGAAUUUGCACGCCGUUUCGCGCAUUGCGGCCGCUGGCGUCCAGCGGUACCAGGACUCUUACUUCAAGGCUCGGGGCAUCGCACCGGGCAAUGGAGCUGGCUCGCCUUCUGAUCUAUGGGCCAAGGCUCUUGAGGUGACACAGUCCUCCCAUCAGGACGCGUACAAUGCCUUUAGUAGCUUCCAGCAGGAAACCUUGAGCGUGUGCAAAAGCCUCUGGGCCCGUUUUGACCUUCCUCGCAUGGUUGCUGGUGUGCUGCUUGCCGCCGUCGGGGUCGUCGUCCUCGUUAUGUAUUCCGCCAAGGAUGCGGAUGAUGACUUUGUCGUCACCAAUGACAUUGAGUUGGACUACGCUGAGAAGCGUCUCGAGUUGUUGAGCUACCAAACAAAAGGCAAAGACGAAGAGGUUGAGCCCGUAAAGGAUUACCACAUGGAGCUCCUGCGCGGUCUUUGGGAUCGCCGUGUGAUUUUCGUCCUGCUCAUUGCGGGUGGAGUAUCGUUCAUCAGGAGAGAGCCCAAGGACGCCGCCAUGAUGACUGCGACGACGACUCUACUCAUCGCCGUUCUCGUCUCGGUGACGCACUCUGCAAUGACUUUGCAGCAGACGGGCCGUACAAUCUUCAACACGCUGCCGCAAAGCCUGUGGGGUUGGAUGGCUUUGGUAUUCACCGUCAGCCAGUCCAUUGGCUUUGCCUCGAACUCAUAUACUGUGUGGGAAGACACGAUUCUGCAAUUUUUUAUCACGACUUUUGGUGUGCUCGCCGCCAUCAGCUCAUUCCGAGUCGAGUCGCGACGCGAGCGCACCCUGGGUAUCUAUCAUUCCGUCGUCUUCGUGCUGCUCGCGCGCCUUGCCAGCUAUUCCAAGCUCUGCAGGGAGGAGCAGAUGCCAUACUGCACUUCCACCUACUACGCUUCGACAGCUUCGUCCACAUCUGCCCCAUGGCAGCUUGUCAUACCCGUCGUCACGGGGCUUGUCCUCCCGUCUAUUAUUAAGUCCUUCAUCUUGCCCACACGCUCAUGGGAAGGACUCUCACCUGUAUGGGUCCAGACCAUGUUCCGAGCUGGGCUCAUGGUCGCUGCUGUGUACUGGGUGAUCGAUGCCGCGGACAACGGCGACUGGGUUGCUGGUCGACCUGGUGCCGAGCACCUGAAGGCAAUUGGCAUCUACGUCGCGCAGCUGGGUCUGGCGUUGGCAUUUAUUGCUGGCUCCACCGCAUUCAUCUGGGCACCUCCGAGCGUCAACGUCGUGUCUACAGCGUAUACUAACCCGCCUGCUAGCCAGCAACCACAAGCUCGCGUGACCAUCCUCGGCUACGGUAACGCUCUUGGCGCGCGGUACCUAAUGCUGCCUCUCAACAUUCUCAUUGGCCUCUGCAUCCUCACGAAGCCCAUGGGCACCGGCGCUCUCGGCCUCAUGCUGUGGCAGAUUAUGUCCUUGGCGGAAGUUGUGGAUAUACUGGGUAUAAAAAGCGAGGCCAUUGCUCCCGUCGUGCUCGCCAUGCUGGGCAACUUUUACUUCUUCCGCACCGGCCACCAGGCCACCUUGGCUAGCAUCCAGUGGGACAGCGCCUUUGUCGCGCUACGCACCCUGCGCUACCCUUGGAGCCCGCUCGCCGUGACCCUGAACACCUAUGGCGCGCAGAUCCUGGCGGCGGCAUGCGUGCCCCUCGUCACCUGCUUGUGGAAAGUCGGCCCCAAGCAGAAGGGUGUCCUGGAGACGGCCUCUCGUGGGCUGGGCCUCUUUGUCGCAUACUACGCUGUCGAGGCCCUUGCCACCAUGAGCUGGGCUGGUCACCUGCGUAGACACCUCAUGCUCUACCGCGUCUUCAGCCCCCGCUUCAUGAUGGCUACGACGGCACUUUUGGUGAUUGACAUUCUCGGCAUCGGUAUCGCGAUGCUGGGUCUGCGGAGUAACACGCUGGCUGUAGGCGAAGUGUUUGGCUGGGCGGAGUAA